GAAGCUCUUACAAUAAUUUUGGAACCUUGUUCAGAUUCUGAAAUGUCAGAUUUAGAAGAUAGAAGUGAUAAUGAUGUUGAAAUUUUUAAAAAACAAGACAGUAACAACAUUAAAGAAACAAUUAUAUAUUCAGAUGCUGAUAUUGAAUAUGAAAAUGCUAAUAGUUUUAUUGGUGGUAUAGAAGAUACAAAUACAAAUGAUAUGUCAAAAUUUGAUAAUCAUGUCUAUAGAUGGAGAUCAUCACAACCAAGCCAAUUAAACACAGAGUUUCUUGGAAAUCAGUUUUCUUUACCACCAACUGAUUUUGAAACAGCCGAACCUUUCAUUAACCAAGCUACUAUCAAGCACUAUAUGAAAGAUUGGAAGAUUUAUAAAGAUGCAAGAAUGAAGCAAAUCUCAUAUAUCGAAAAAAACAACAAUGAAAAUUAGCAUGUUGAUGAUAUAAUCUUAUUGACACGUUUGCUAUUAAUAAUACAUAGCUUUAUUACCGUCGUUAGCGUUUCCUCUACCACAUGCUUUGGUUUGAUUUAAAGGAGAAACUCUAUCUAAGAAUCUUUUUCUGAAUUAAAAUUUUUUGCUUUA